GUGGGAAGCGGUCGGAAGGAAGGAGCGGAAGGGCUCCAGUCCUCCUCCUCCUCCGGCUCUCUCCCUUUCUCUGCCCGGUUUGCAUCGGUGGCCCAGGCAACGAGCGGCCAGGGCGGACGGAGCCCACAAGGCAGGUCGGCGGAGAGACGCGCACAGGGAGCGCGCCGCGAUCCAAGGCGGGGAGGCGGCGGCGAAGAAGAUGAUGAUGAUGCGGCGCCCGCCUCCGGGAUCCUGCCGGCCACAACCCUCGCCCCCUUCUCCGCCUCCCGAUCCAGCCUCGAGGGCGUCUUAGGACUCGCACCGAGGACCCGGCGGCGAGGCGGGGAUCCGAACCCACCACCUCGGGGUCGCGCUCCGGCACUCGCGGUCCUCCGGCACUCGCGGACAGGGGUGGAGAAGGGGGCCUCGAUCCGAGGCCAUGGCCGUCCAAGCGGCCACUCUCUACCCCCAUCAUCCUUUCCUCUCCUUCUGUUUUUCUCCCGCGGCGGCGGAGCCGGAGAAAAGCUACGGGGACGGGGGAUCGCUUCUGCUCCGCGGGGACGGGAGGGGCAGCGAUCCGGGCGACCUCAAGGAAGCCACCCGGGACCUCUUGAGCUUCAUCGACUCGGCCUCCAGCAACAUCAAGCUGGCGCUGGACAAGCCCGGGAAGUCCCGGCGGAAGGUCAACCACCGCAAGUACCUGCAGAAGCAGAUCAAGCGCUGCACCGGCAUGAUCGCGGGAGGAGGAGGAGGAGGAGGGAGCGGCGGGACCCCCACGGCCGCCCCCUCCCCGGCCAGCCCGGAGGCUGCCUCGAAUAUGAGCAAUAAUAAUAAUAAUAAUAAUAGCCACCCGCUUCAGACGACUAAUAAAAAGUCCACUUCGGCCGGCGGCUCUCUAUCGCCUCCUGGCGGCAGCGGCGCGCCCAACAAGCCGACGGGGAAGCGGGAAGGAAGCGGCAUCUCUUAA